UACAUAAAACUUUCAAUGGAAUUUACAAACAAUGAAUAAAAAUUUGACCCAGAAACACGUAAACCGAUCAGCUAACGAAUGCCACAAUUAGCAACUGAAAAGCAUUGAGGGCAGGGCGAUUGGUUGGUUGCGAUUGCUUAGGCCAAUGAAAUAAACCCAAAAAAGUGAAAGUUGGACGUGUUACUCUGACAAAGAUGAUGAAAAUUAUAUUAAUAAGUGGUAAAAGAAAAUGUGGCAAGGAUUACAUAGCAGAAAGAUUGCAAAAGAGACUAACGAAUUGCUCCAGAAUUGUGCGCAUCUCGGAGCCAAUUAAAAGCGAAUGGGCCAGGAAACUUCAAUUAGAUCUCAGUGCCUUACUCAGCGAUGGUCCGUAUAAAGAGAAAUAUCGUCGUGACAUGAUUGUUUGGAGCGAUGAGGUUCGUUCCCGGGAUUAUGGUUACUUUUGUCGGGCCGCCAUGGCAGAGGCUAUGGAAACAACAGAUCAUCCGAUCUCUUACAUUAUAGUUAGUGACAUAAGACGUAAAAAUGAUAUUAAAUGGUUUCUUGAACAAUAUGGCCCACAAAUGGUGCAAACUCUUCGUCUAACCUCACGCAUCGAAGUGCGUAAGGCAAGAGGUUGGAAGUUUACCCAAGGUAUUGAUGAUGUAACCUCCGAAUGUGAUUUGGAUGACUAUCAGAGUUUCGAUCAUGUGGUGGCCAAUGAUCUUCAAGAAGAUCAACAAUUAAUUGAGCAUCUCUUAGAUAUACUCCAAUUGAAAUGAACAAAAUAUGAAUGUACAAUUAAUGUAAUGGCUGGGAUGUAGGAUUACUUCUGGUGUGUGGCCUUUUACUCGGAUAAAUUAUUUUUGAUAGAUCAAAAAUGUAUGUAAUUUAAUGGUGCUUCUAUAUAUAUAUACAUAAUUAUUUAUAUCUAUUUAUUUUCAAUGUUAUGUGCAGUAGUAAAUGGUGAAAAAACGUUUUUUAUUACA